AUGCGGGCUGCUGUGACGCGAUCAUUUUCCACACUUCCAAUCAAGAGACACCAUGUAGCUGUGAUUUUACACGGCUGUGGUGUAUACGAUGGGACCGAGAUCCACGAAGCCACUAGCAUGCUUAUUCAUUUAAGCAAACAAAAAGUAAAGGUCUCCAUGUUCGCUCCGAAUGUGGAUCAAAUGCAUGUAAUCAACCAUCUGAAAGGGGAGCCAAUGCAGCCGAACAGAAAUGUCCUGGUUGAAUCAGCUCGUCUAGCUAGAGGUCAAAUCAGUGCACUGAGUGAGCUCGAUGUGUCUCAGUUCGAUGCAUUGCUGAUUCCCGGUGGAUUUGGGGCCGCCAAAAACUUGUCGAAUUUCGCAGAGAAACAGGCAUCCUGUGCAGUCAUCCCACUUGUGGAAUCCACUCUGAAAAAGUUUCACAGUGCCGGGAAGCCAAUCGGGUUAUGCUGUAUUGCACCUGUCCUUGCUGCACGAUGCAUUCCUGGUGUUGAGUUGACAGUUGGAAAGGAUACCGAUGAGAAUGGCCGCUGGCCUAGUUCGGGUGCAGCCCAUGCUGUCAAAGAAAUGGGCUCCAAACACGUGAAUUGUGACGUAGACGAAAUCUGUGUGGACGAGAAAAACAAGAUAGUUUCCACACCGGCUUACAUGUGUGGUCCAGCUACUGUGGCCGACGUGUUUGAUGGAAUUGGCAAACUAGUGGAGGCCGUUAUUCGUUUGUAG